GGAAGUACCUGUAAGAGGUGUGUCUAAUCGGAAACCUGAUGCCUUCUUCCUGGGCUGAUGUGUGGGCAGAGGAGGAGGAGACUGGAGAGGUGGGGAGGAUUCUGAGUUUGGUCUUGUAUCUCUUUGGGGCCCUGUGCACUGGAGGGUUCCACUCCAGACACACGGGAGAUGAGCUUCACCAGGAGAAAAGGCUUCUACAGGCAGGAAGUAAACAAGACAGUCUGGGAGCUUCCUAGGCUAUAUACUUCUAUCAACCCAGUGGGCUCUGGAGCUUAUGGCUCUGUCUGUUCAGCAAUAGAUAAGAAAACUGGGGAGAAAGUGGCUAUCAAGAAACUCUGCCGCCCAUUCCAGUCUGAGAUCUUUGCCAAGCGAGCAUAUCGAGAGCUCACACUACUGAAGCAUAUGCAGCACGAGAAUGUCAUUGGAUUGCUCAAUGUCUUCACUUCUGCUCUCUCCUUUGAUGGAUUCCAGGACUUCUACCUGGUAAUGCCAUACAUGCGAACAGAUUUACAAAAGAUAAUGGGACAUCAGUUCAGUGAGGAAAAGGUCCAGUAUCUAAUCUACCAGGUGUUGAAAGGGUUGAAGUAUAUUCAUUCUGCUGGAAUCAUUCACAGGGAUCUGAAGCCUGGUAAUCUAGCAGUGAACGAAGACUGUGAACUAAAGAUCUUGGACUUUGGCUUGGCACGGCACACAGACGCUGAGAUGACAGGCUAUGUGGUGACCCGUUGGUACAGAGCACCUGAAGUGAUCCUGAACUGGAUGCAUUACAACCAGACUGUAGACAUCUGGUCUGUUGGCUGUAUCAUGGCAGAAAUGUUGACUGGGAAAACUCUGUUUAAGGGUAAAGACUAUUUAGAUCAGCUGACUCAAAUCUUGAAAGUGACAGGAAGCCCUGGAGAGGAGUUUGUACAAAAGCUGGAAGACAAAGCGGCUAAAAGCUACAUACAGACGCUCCCCAAGAUUCCCAAAAUGGAUUUAUCGCUACUUUUCCCCAAAGCUAGUCCUCUGGCAAGGGACUUGCUUGACAAAAUGUUGCAGCUGGAUGUGGGAAAGCGUCUUACGGCCACCCAAGCUCUUGCCCAUGCUUACUUUGACCCAUUUAGAGACAUUGAGGAAGAGACAGAGGCACAUCACUCCUAUGAUGAUUCCAUAGAGGGUGAAAAGCUUUCGAUAAAUGAAUGGAGAAGGCAUAUUUACAAUGAAAUACUGUCAUUCAGCCCAAUCGCACGGAAAGACUCCAAGAGGAGAAGUGGUAUGACAUUGUAAGCUCUAGCCUGUCCAGUGCUGGGACACUUUUCCUGUGAAACAGUGUACAAUAUUUUGACCACAACAAAGAGCAAAUGUGAAUCAGCAUGAAAAAGGCUGUGUAUGUAGAACACAAGGAUGAUGAGUGUAUAAGUGGGGAUUCAACCUUAGCCUGAAGGCCAAAACUGCACCAGAAACAUCUUUCAGUGCCAAAAAUUAAUGAUUCUUAUUAAAGCCCUUUGUGAUAAA